GUUAUAAAUAAAGGUUUGGCAGUACGCGUGGGGUGAUAUUUCUGGAAGGAACUGAGUCGCUUAAGUACUACUAGUACAUUGUCUUAUUUAAAAGGUUCACUUCCAGACAGACUGAGUGCAUUUGAACUUUUUUAACGAUUCACAAAUAUCACAAAAGCCGACUGAACCCUUGAAAACAUGGCCGAAAGCGACUGGGAUACUGUGACUGUGUUGAGGAAGAAGGGCCCUACUGCUGCCCAGGCCAAGUCCAAACAGGCAAUCACUGCUGCUCAGAGACGUGGGGAGGAUGUUGAGACGACUAAAAAAUGGUCUGCAGGCCAGAAUAAGCAGCACCUCGUGACCAAAAAUACUGCCAAACUGGACAGGGAGACAGAGGAGCUGCACCACGAGAGGGUUCCUUUGGAGGUGGGAAAGGUCAUUCAGCAAGGCAGACAGGAGAAGGGAAUGACCCAGAAAGACCUCGCCACAAAAAUUAACGAGAAGCCUCAAGUGAUUGCCGACUACGAAAGCGGAAAGGCGAUACCCAACAACCAGGUCAUGGGAAAAAUUGAGCGAGUCAUUGGCCGAAAGCUGCGUGGGAAAGAUAUUGGCCAACCCCUAGAGGCCAAACCGAAGACGAAAUGAACACAAAGCCUCGAAAUCAGCCCUCCCCAUCCCCAUAUGUGGCCCCUAAUUUAACCCUGAAUCCUUUCCAAGGAUUUCUUGGAACUCUCUUCCAAGAAAUCCUUAUUCCUGUACCCAUCUCCCAUCCCACCCCACCCAGCCAAAUAUCCCACUUCUCUUCUCCAAUCCUCUUCCUUACCUGGGCUGAUCUCACCUGCGUCCCGCCUGAGGACCUGGUGAUCGACUGUACCACAGGCUGCGUACGAACGGGUCAUCUGUAAAACUUAAUGUAAACAAACAUGAUUGAAUGCAUUUUUUUUCUCAGUAAAUUUCUUUCACCUUUUAGGCUUUUAGCAUGACGGUGGUAAGUCAUUCAGAGGCUAACUCAUUUUUCAUGAUCAAACAAGUCUAACUUUCAGAUCUGAGCAUGUUAUAAAACCACAAGUGCUUGAUUGCAUCUUUUUUUUUUUCUCACACUUUUAGGACAACUUGGUGGAUGUUAAUACCGUGCUUGAAAUGUUUUAAUGCUAAAUAAAGUUUAGCAGUUUAUGAUGUCAGGUUUUAAGAUUUCAGAGCAAAAAUAAUACUCACAUGUUCAUUUGUAAAAUUAAUACUUAUGGGGUGUUAUUUACUUUGUAGAACAAACUUUUUUUUAAUAUUCAAAAUCUGAAAUCUUGAAUGUUAUGACAAAUGUGAUCCACCAGGUGGCAGUAUAAGAUCAAAAUGCUUUUGGGUGGUCCAACUCAAUUGCAAGGCUUCUUAUUUGCUCCACAAAAAAAAGAAAGAAAAAAUCAGAUAAUACAUUUAAAAAAGGUCUUAAAAGUAACCAUGUAUUUAAAAAAAAAAAUCAGUGAAGCUCAAAAAAAAUAAUAUUCAAUUGGAAUGAAUGACUGGAUGGUUGGCAGAAUUUUUUUCUCAUCCAAUUAAAGGCUGUUCCCACAGCAAAAUUGUAA